AUGCCGCCCCAAAGGAAUCCAGCAACCGGACCUAAUGCCCUAGAAAUCGGAAGCCCUGAGGAUAAUGUUCACCCCAAGCCUGUGGACAUUACGGUCCAUGAAGCAGCGAGAAGUCAAGACUAUUGUAGUCCUCACUCGGACAGCUUCGAUGGGAGAGGCGAUCAAAUCAACGCAGAGAAUUGGUUGAACGAUGUGGAGGAAUUGUUAGCCACUACUAGAUGCACCAAUGAGCAAAAGGUGGCUUACGCUACUUGUAAGCUGACAAAGGAAGCUAGGUGCUGGUGGCAGGAGAAGAACAUGGUGCUUGUCGUUGAUUUGGGUUCAGAGGAUGCCAUUACUUGGGAUAUCUUCAAGCAUGAGCUUAAUCAGCAUUUCUUUCCCAGAGUCGUGCAGGAGGCAAAGGCGCAAGUAUUUCUAGACUUGGUUCAAGGAGGAAUGACGGUGAUUGAGUACACUGCGAAGUUUCUGCAGUUGUCACAAUUCGGCAUGUACCUCAUUCUGAAUGAGGAGAAGAAGGAGAAGAAGGCGAAGAAGUUUGAACAAGGUCUGAACUCUCGUAUUCAGAUUAUGAUGAGUUGA